GAGGAGGAGGAGGAGGAGGAGGAGGAGGAGGAGACAUGGAGGAGGAGUCGUUGUGUUUCAGACUGUUUCACUGAGACGUCGACACAAAGAGACGCUGAGCUGAUUCAUUCAUCAGAGCGACCAUGUCUCUGCUGUCAGCUGUGCUGCUGAUGUCAUCAUGGUGCGUUCAGGGUCUGCAUGUUGACGUGUUUCCUGGACGGCCUCUGUUGAAGCUGGGCGAACGUCACCAGCUGGUGUGUCGGGUUCAGGACUGUCCCACAGUGCCGAGCAUGUCCUGGUCUACGCUGGACGACCGCCCCCUGACCGCCUCCAUCAGCACCAAUCAGAGCCAGUCGGUGGUGACCUUUGACCCCGUCAGUAUGGAGCACGAGGGAGCACUGCUGUGUCGAGUCAGCUGUGGGGGGGAGAGGAAGCAGGUCAAGAGCACCGUGCACGUCUACUCCUUCCCAUCAGGUCCAGUGAUCACAGGGGAGGACCAUCUGAGGCUAGGGGUGGAGUCUAUGCUCACCUGUCAGGUGUCUGACCUGUACCCCACAGAGCAUCUGAGCCUCACCUGGCUCAGAGGUGACGAGGUCCUGCAGAGCUCCGCGGGUGAUCCUGGAUCGAGCUCGGUCCGUUCUGAGUACAGGUUCACUCCUGUGGCCCAGGACUCAGGAGGGACCAUCGUCUGCCAGGCCACGCUGGACCUGCAGGACCUGCAGUCUAUAAACUUGACCAAACAGACCAACGUCUCCCUGAAUCUGCUCUACGCUCCUGUCGUCACAGUGACACCAGACUCGGUGCUGGUGAUGGCGGGCUCUCCGAUCACUCUCACCUGCUCUGUGGAGGGAAAUCCCAAGCCGACAGUGACCUGGAGCUUCAGGAAGGCAGAGGGCGUGGUUGAGGGGCGUGGCCAAGACCAUCAGCUGGUGUUCAGCUCAGUGAGUCAGUCUGAGGCCGGACGCUACGACUGUGAGGCCCAAAACAGCGAGGGGAACCAGAGCGCCACUGUCCAGGUCACGGUCCACGCUCCACCCACCAACACCUCCCUCUCAGUGAGUCCAGGUGUAGAGGUGCUGGAGGGUCAGCAGGUGACUCUCACCUGCCUCUCAGAUGGAACUCCAACCCCCAAAAUAGUGCUAAGGAGGGAGGGGGUGGAGCUUCAGACGACUGACCACGCCUCCCCCACACUCUCGUUUAGCCUCCCCUCAGCCCGGUUGGAAGACUCCGCCCACUACCGGUGUGAAGCCUCCAACCAGUACGGAGCCCAGCUGGUCAGCAGCUCCGUCAGCGUCACAGCCCACCCUCUGCAGGUGGAGGUGAGUCCUCUGGUCUCGGCAGCAGAGCGGGGUUCAGCUCUGGUUCUGACCUGCAGAGCCUCCGGAUGCCUCCACCCUCCCUCCAUCACCUGGACGAGGACAGGGCAGGACGGGAGCGUCCUCCAGAGGACGCAGCAGCAGGAUGGACUUUUUCCGCUCCACCUGCAGGACCUGGACCUCCAGGAUCAGGGAGGCUACAGCUGUGAGGCUGAGUGUGACUCCAUCAGCAGGACAGGAACCAGCCGGGUCCAGGUCUUUUCAUUUCCAUCUGAUCCAGUUCUGGAGGAUCCUGGACCUGUCCUGCUGGGUCAGGAGAUGGCACUUCACUGCCAUGUCAACAACGUCUACUCAGCCAAUCAGAUGAGGAUCUUGUGGCUGUCAGGCAAUAAGAUGCUGAUGUCAGAGUCGUUCAGGUUCUCCGGUUCCUUACAGAACGUCUCGUCUGUUCUUCAUCCCCGGGUGGAAGAGGAUCAGCAGGUUCUGAGCUGCAGCGCUGAGCUUCUGACGGAGGACGGAGACGUGUGGAGGUCGAGGAGCACCAGCAUCCCCCUUCAGAUCCAAUAUCCUCCGAGGAGAACCUCCCUGUCAGUGAGUCCAGGCGAGGAGGUGCUGGAGGGUCAGCAGGUGACGAUUACCUGCCGCUCAGACGGAACUCCACCCACCACAUUGGUGCUGAGGAGGGAUGGGGUAGAGUUACAGAGGACAGACUCCGCCCCCUCCGCACUCUUCUUCAUACUCUCCUCCGCCCAGCUGGAAGACUCCGCCCACUACCAGUGUGAAGCCUCCAACCAGCACGGAGCCCAGCUGAUCAGCAGCUCCCUGACCGUCAGAGCUCCCCCCAGAAACACCACAGUCCUCAUCCUGCCAUCUGCAGUGGUCCAGGAGGGACAAAAUGUCACCGUGUGCUGCCAAACGAUUAGCUUCCCGCCAUCAGCAGUGGUCCUGAAGAAGCUGACCAAUGGGACGGAGAGAUAUUCCGCCAACGGAACCUUUCUAUUGGUCAACGUCACGGCCAGAGACUCUGGGCUUUACCAGGUCAACGUGACCAACAACCUGGGAUAUCAGGUCAAAGUGUUCAGCAUCAGCGUCAGAGAGAGGAGCAGCAGCCUUCCUCCCAGGCUCAGCAUCGUCAUCAUUCCCGUUGCCUGCGCUGCCGCAGGGCUCGCUGCCACUGCUCUGCUCCUCGACUACCUGAGAAGAUCCAGGAAGAAAGGCUUCUAUCAGCUGCCCCAGUCUGCUCCGCCCUCAGCCUGAGGCUAACGCUGGGCUAACAUCUCCCGACACCUAGCUACCAAGCUCCAACAUGUGGCUACCAAGUUCUAAAAUGUGACUUCCACUUCCUGUUGUGUAGCUCAUGCCCUGACACAUGGCUUUGUUAUGCUAACAUCUGGCUACCACCUCCUGACUUUUGGCUGCUAAUUUGCAACAUGUGUUUUCAAUAUUUCAGCAUGUGGCUUUGAUUCUCCAACAUGUGACUAUCACUCCUAAUAUCCUGUUGUGUGGCAACCAAACCCGACAUGUGGCCACCUACUCGCAAUAAGUGGCUGUAACUCGUUGCUUUGAUAUCCUGGUAUGUGAGCAGCAUGUUCCAACAUAACUACCAGAAUCCAGGAUCAUAGUAUGUUGCUACUACAUCAUAGUACGUGGCUACUAUACCCGUACAUGUGGCUACCAAAGCCAUAAAUGUGACUGCUACCUGUGACUACUGUCACCUGAUAUGUGACUACAACAUGUGUUUGUGUAACACCGGAACACUUGGCUACCCGUCCCAACAUACAGAAACCCACAGUGUAGCUAUCACAACUGUGACCUUUCACCAGCUUAUGUUCAUGACAGUCCAGUGUUCGGCUAUCACGACUUUACUGGUGAUUUUGAUAUUCCAACACAUGAGGACAACCUGCCUACAUGUGGCCAGGAGGACCAACACGAGGCCUCCAACUCACCAGAUCCCAAAGUACGACUGUCACCUUUUAAAAUGCGACAACCGCUCGUCAAUAUGUGGCUACGACAAACCAACCCUACAGGUCAUUACAUGAUAUAACCUGAUGUAAGAUAUGAACAUCGACUCAGUCUCAGUCUUCAGUCUCAGUCUUCAGUCUCAGUCUCAGUCUUCAGUCUUAAGUCUCAGUGUCAGUCUUCAAUCUUAGUCUCAGUCUUAAGUCUCAGUCUCAGUCUUCAAUCUCAGUCUCAG